GACAUUAUGGAUGAUAUUGAUACUAUUCAAAGAAUCCGACAUUACAAUCCGUACCUUAUUCGAACAAACUAGGUACAUAAAUCAGAUUGUAAAAAGUAUUUAAAAUCUCAAGAUAUUAUUAUAUUUAGAAAAUAAUUGUCAAUCAAGAUUAACUUUAAAUGAGCUCUAUUUGUAAUUGAAGUGAAUGACAAAGAAAGACUCUACCCUACUCAAAAAGAUUUUGAAUGAAACAUAAAUAAAAUGUCAAUAAGCUAAAAGUUAUACUCAAUUGAAUUGGAUAACUUGUAAUUGAUUGAAAAUUUCCAAUUAUAACGUAAAUUAUUAAUUUCUAUAAGCCCUAAAACCUUGAAAUUUCCGAUACAUUUUUCACAACCACAAAACUGGGAAGGAGAUACAAAGCAUUGACAUUACAAACUUCCCAAUCAGUUUUUUCAAAAUAAAUUCACUGUAGGCUACACAACUCGAAAUCACUUGGAAUUAAAAAUAAUAGUUCAAAAAUCAUUGCGUAUCUUAUAACAAUAAAUUUAAAUAUUUCAAUUCUCAAAAACGACUACGACUGUGACUUCACAAGAAAUCCGUCCGAUUUGGGCAGUGCAAAGUAGGCAGAGCCAUGUUGAUAGUAUUCUAUUGACUGAAGUGCAACUCUUGUUGAGGUUAUGUGUCAACUUUACUUCUAGCUCUAUCUGGCCCACGUCAAUACUGUCUUUAGAUAGUCCGUGUAUUAUCAAAUACUUUUUAAAAGAAUGCGUUGAAGUCUUCAAAAACAGUUAUUAUAAAUCUUGUAUUCCUGAAAAACUGGUAAAAGUUAUUAAAUAAGGAUGACAAUGGGAGAUGAAACUCCUGUCGCUUCCCUGGUUAUGCCUGUUUUGAUACGCCCUGUACUGUCACAGUUGGAGAGAAGCAGUGACGUGGCCGCAUCGCAGACACUGCGUGCCGCACUAACGAAGGCGGAGGCCGUGCAUCCCGGCUUCACGUACGACCUGGUCGUCAGCCUCGUGCGACACGGCGAACUCAGUGUCAACAUCAAUGAGAGUGUGCUGCGGCUGCAGGGCAGUGCAAAUGAUGCCGACGCUGAAUACCGUCUGGCGAGAUCCGAGGAUGUAUUCCAAGAAUUGAACAGGAAAUCUGCUGCGCUGAAAAAGAUUUUGAGCAGGAUACCUGAUGAGAUAACUGAUCGUAAAACAUUCCUUGAAACAAUCAAAGAAAUAGCCAGUGCUAUCAAGAAGCUAUUGGACUCUGUGAGUGAAGUGGGAAGUAUGAUAAUUGGGCCAGCCAGAAAGCAAGCCCUAGAGCAACGCAAGCGCGAUUUCGUCAAGUAUUCGAAAAGAUUCAGCAACACAUUGAAAGAUUAUUUCAAAGAAGGACAGGCUAAUGCUGUAUUCGUGAGUGCUCUCUACCUUAUUCAUCAAACCAACCUUAUAAUGGCUACUGUUAAAAAUAAAUGCGAAUAGACGAUGAGAAAACACUUGAGAAUUCAUUCUUUAUAAAACAAUAUUUUAACUUCACCAUUUUAUGUAAAGUACACAAUGUCUAUAUUAAUUAAAGAAUAGAAUUUUAUUUGAUUACCAAUAUUCCAUGGAAAGUGUUAGCUUUUCUUGUUAGUAAUAAUCUACUUGGUACUACAGUUUUAUUAAUUGGAGUUGAUUUUUAUAUAUAAGAAUAGAAAUACGAGAUUAUUCUUUUAGAUGUAAGAAGAUGUAAAUUAUUUUAAUGAAAUAAAACGUGUUGAAAAUA